CACAAACAACAACAAUAAACAACAACAGGCGUCCUGCCGACCGGACGGCCCGGCACGCGGCCGCGGACACACCCACAGGACUCGGCCACGAUGACGGAGACGGUGAAGUACGUGGACGAUGAACACAAGAGCAUCUUCCUGAAGCUGCUGAACGAGCAGCGGCUGGAGGGCGAGCACUGCGACAUCGCCGUGGUGGUCGAAGACGUCAAGUUCCGCGCUCACCGCUGCGUCCUGGCCGCCUGCUCCAACUACUUCAAGAAGCUCUUCAAGAAGCACGAGGUGGACAACUCGUCCGUCAUCGAGAUCGACUUCAUCCGCUCCGACAUCUUUGAGGAGGUCCUGAACUACAUGUACACGGCCAAGAUCUCUGUCAAGAAGAAGGACGUCAACCUGAUGAUGUCAUCGGGACAGAUCCUCGGCAUCCGCUUCCUGGACAAGCUCUGCUCCCAGAAGCGUGACGUGUCGUCAGACGACAAGGAGAAGUUCCCGUAUGACAUCGUAAAGAUGGCGCUGCCCCCUGAAGCCCAGCUGGCUGCAGACUCUGAGGAGCUGGGCGAGCACGAUGACGCCCCGGGCGCAGACGACCUGGUGGAGGCAUCCACCAAUCAGGAGCUGGACAAGUCUCCCAACGCUGCGCUGCAUGUGCAGGAAGCCAUCUUGAAGGAGCUGACCAAUGAGGAUGUUCACAAGGUGUCCUGCUACGACCAGGACGUGGUGACGGAGAUGGAGGCGGAGCCUAAGGAGCUUGGGGCGGAGCAUCACGCCACCCAGACGCUGACCUUCACGGACAGCAUAGGCGAGGUGAAGGACGAGGCGGCGCCCGGCUGGUCGGCCGCCGCCGCCGACAUGAAGUUCGAGUACCUGCUGUACGGACACCGCGAGCAGCUGGCCUGCCAGGUGUGUGGGAAGACCUUCCUGGACGAGAGCAGACUCAGGAAACACGAGAAGCUGCACUCGGCAGAGCGGCCGUUCGCCUGUGAGAUCUGCUCCAAGGCCUUCACCACACACGCUCACCUGAAAGAACACCUGAAGAUCCACACGGGCUUCAAGCCCUACAGGUGUGACGUUUGUGGGAAGUCGUUCAUUCGAGCUCCGGACCUGAAGAAACAUGAGCGAGUCCACAGCAACGAGAGGCCCUUCGCCUGCCAGAUGUGUGACAAGGCCUUUAAACACAAGUCUCACCUGAAGGACCACGAGAGGAGACACCGAGGAGAGAAACCUUUUGUCUGUCCGUCCUGCACCAAGGCCUUCGCCAAGGCGUCGGACCUGAAGCGCCAUGAGAACAACAUGCACAGCGAGAGGAAGCAGCUGAACCCGCUGCAGAGCGACACGGAGACGCUGCAGGCCGCCGCCAUGGCUGCCGAGGAGCAGCACCUGGAGAACAUCAGCUGCUCCUAACACCUGGAGGACAGCUCCCACUCUGACCUGACCUCCCUGCCCUGAGGUGACCCCUGACCUCAGCCCACUGGAACUCUGACCCUGUGGAUUUUAUGAAGCGGUUCUGCUCAGUUUCAUGAGCAGAGCUGCCAUGUUGUGCAGAACUCGUGUGAUGAUGUCAUCAGAUAGACGAUGGGAUGAAAUCAUGAAAUAAAAUGUUUUUCUAA